GUAGUCCCCGCUCCCAACGAAAGGGCAACCUGCCCGUGAGUUCCGCCGCCGCCGCGCUUCCUCCUGAAGGUGACUGCGCCCGCGAGGACGCUGGGGGCGGGGCCCGGGUCGCGGGGAGCCGGGAUUGGGCAGGGGGCGGGGCGGCGGAGGGAUUGCGGCGGCUCGCAGAAGGAUAACCUUGAGGCUGAGGCUCGGCUCCCCGCACAGCAGCUGCGCAUCCCGGGCUUGCAGACCUCCUCGCGUUUGCAGCGUAGCCCGAGUCGGUCGGCACCCGAGGACCUCAGCAGCCAUGUCGAAGCCCCAUAGUGAAGCCGGGACUGCCUUCAUUCAGACCCAGCAGCUGCAUGCAGCCAUGGCCGACACAUUCCUGGAGCACAUGUGCCGCCUGGACAUUGACUCACCACCCAUCACAGCCCGGAACACUGGCAUCAUCUGUACCAUUGGCCCAGCUUCCCGAUCGGUGGAGACAUUGAAGGAGAUGAUUAAGUCUGGAAUGAAUGUGGCUCGUCUGAACUUCUCUCACGGAACUCAUGAGUACCACGCGGAGACCAUCAAGAAUGUGCGCGCAGCCACGGAGAGCUUUGCUUCUGACCCCAUCCUCUACCGGCCCGUUGCUGUGGCUCUGGACACUAAAGGACCUGAGAUCCGAACUGGCCUCAUCAAGGGCAGCGGCACUGCAGAGGUGGAGCUGAAGAAGGGAGCCACUCUCAAAAUCACGCUGGACAACGCCUACAUGGAGAAGUGUGACGAGAACAUCCUGUGGCUGGACUACAAGAAUAUCUGCAAGGUGGUGGAAGUGGGCAGCAAGAUCUAUGUGGAUGAUGGGCUUAUUUCUCUCCAGGUGAAGCAGAAAGGUGCUGACUUCCUGGUGACAGAGGUGGAAAAUGGUGGCUCCUUGGGCAGCAAGAAAGGUGUGAACCUUCCUGGGGCUGCUGUGGACUUGCCUGCUGUGUCAGAGAAGGACAUCCAGGACCUGAAGUUUGGGGUUGAGCAGGAUGUCGAUAUGGUGUUUGCGUCAUUCAUCCGCAAGGCAGCUGAUGUCCAUGAAGUGAGGAAGGUCCUGGGAGAGAAGGGAAAGAACAUCAAGAUCAUCAGCAAAAUCGAGAAUCAUGAGGGGGUUCGGAGGUUUGAUGAAAUCCUGGAGGCCAGUGAUGGGAUCAUGGUGGCUCGUGGUGAUCUAGGCAUUGAAAUUCCUGCAGAGAAGGUCUUCCUUGCUCAGAAGAUGAUGAUUGGGCGGUGCAACCGAGCUGGGAAGCCUGUCAUCUGUGCCACUCAGAUGCUGGAGAGCAUGAUCAAGAAGCCCCGCCCUACCCGGGCUGAGGGCAGUGAUGUGGCCAAUGCAGUCCUGGAUGGAGCUGACUGUAUCAUGCUGUCUGGAGAGACAGCCAAAGGGGACUAUCCUCUGGAGGCCGUUCGCAUGCAGCACCUGAUUGCCCGUGAGGCAGAGGCCGCCAUCUACCACUUGCAAUUAUUUGAGGAACUCCGCCGCCUGGCCCCCAUUACCAGCGACCCCACAGAAGCCACCGCCGUGGGUGCCGUGGAGGCUUCCUUCAAGUGCUGCAGUGGGGCCAUAAUCGUCCUCACCAAGUCUGGCAGGUCUGCUCACCAGGUGGCCAGAUACCGCCCACGUGCCCCCAUCAUUGCUGUGACACGGAAUCCCCAGACAGCUCGUCAGGCUCACCUGUACCGUGGCAUCUUCCCUGUGCUGUGCAAGGACCCCGUCCAGGAGGCCUGGGCUGAGGACGUGGAUCUCCGGGUGAACUUGGCCAUGAAUGUCGGCAAGGCCCGAGGCUUCUUCAAGAAGGGAGAUGUGGUCAUUGUGCUGACCGGGUGGCGCCCUGGCUCCGGCUUCACCAACACCAUGCGCGUUGUUCCUGUGCCGUGAUAGACCCCAGAGCCCCUCCUGCAGCCCCUGUCCCACCCGCUUCCCCCAACCCAUCCAUUAGGCCAGCAAUGCUUGUAGAGCUCACUCUGGGCUGUAACGUGGCACUGAUGGGCUGGGACACCAGAGAAGAAGUUAAAACGCCUCGCCGAAACAUGGCUGUGUUGACCGCCUGCUCUGGUGGGACAGCCCAGAGCCUGGCUGCCCAUCAUGUGGCCCCACCUAGUCAAGGGAAGAAGGAGGAAUGCCGGACUGGAGGCCCCAGGAGCCAGAUGGCAAGAGGGUGACAGCUUCCUUUCCUGUGUGUACUCUGUUCAGUUCCUUUAGAAAAUGGAUGCCCAGAGGACUCCCAACCCUGGUCUGGGGUCAGGAGACAGCCAGUGAGAGUUAGGGGCCUUGGCGCACAGAGCAGUUGUUCCAUUUAAGCCAACUCUGGCCCUGGCCCUUAUUGCUUCCCCAACCCGUGGGCCUCCCCAGUUCACACCUGUCCCCACCCUCCACUCAGCUGUCCUGCGGCAAACACUCCACCUUCCAUUUCCCCCCACUGACGCAGCACCUCCAGGCCUGUUGCUAUAGAGCCUACCUGUAUGUCAAUAAACAACAGCUGAAGCACC